GCCCCGCCCCCUGCCGUCCUCCGGGCCUGAGUCCAGCCCCACCCCUGCUGCCUGCAGCUUCUCCUGCACCGUCUUCACUUUUGGCCAGACCGGCUCCGGGAAGACCUACACCCUGACCGGACCUCCUCCCCAGGGGGAAGGGGUGCCUGUACCCCCCAGCCUGGCUGGCAUCAUGCAAAGGACCUUCGCCUGGCUGUUAGACCGCGUGCAACACCUGGGUGCCCCUGUCACUCUCCGUGCUUCCUAUCUGGAGAUCUACAAUGAGCAGGUUCGAGACUUGCUGAGCCUGGGGUCUCUUCGGCCCCUCCCUGUUCGCUGGAACAAGACGCGGGGCUUCUAUGUGGAGCAGCUACGCGUGGUGGAGUUUGGGAGUCUGGGGACUCUGAUGGAACUUCUGCAAAUGGGUCUUAGCCGUCGAAGGAGCUCAGCUCACACCCUGAACCAGGCCUCCAGCCGAAGCCAUGCCCUGCUCACGCUCUACAUCAGCCACCAAACUCAGAUGCCUCCUGUGGAACCCGGGGGACCCCCUACAGGUGGGAAGCUGUGCUUUGUGGACCUGGCCGGCAGUGAGAAGGUGACGACCACAGGAUCCCGUGGGGAACUGAUGCUUGAGGCUAACAGCAUCAACCGCAGCCUACUGGCCCUGGGUCACUGCAUCUCCCUGCUGCUGGACCCCCAGCGGAAACAGAGCCACAUCCCCUUCCGGGACAGCAAGCUCACCAAGCUGCUGGCGGAUUCACUGGGGGGGCGCGGGGUCACCCUUAUGGUGGCCUGCGUGUCCCCCUCAGCCCAGUGCCUUCCUGAGACUCUCAGCACCCUGCGGUAUGCAAGCCGAGCUCAGCGAGUCACCACUCGGCCCCAGGCCCCUAGGUCCCCUGUGGCAAAGCCACCCCGGCAUUUGGAGCCUGAGCUAUUGCAGCUCCAGGAGGAGAACCGUCUCCUUCGGUCUCAGUUGCGUCAAAUGGACCCCAAGGCCUCUGGGCUCAGUGGGGCCCGGGUGGCCUGGGCCCAGCGGAACCUCUACGGGAUGCUACAGGAGUUCAUGCUGGAGAAUGAGAGGCUCAGGAAAGAAAAGAGCCAGCUGCAGAGCAGCCGGGACCUGGCCCGUGAUGAGCAGCGCAUCCUGGCCCACCAGGUCCAGGACCUGGAGCGGCGCCUCUUCUCUGCCUGCUACUUUCACCAGUCAGGCCCUGGCCCAGCCCCACCGUGUCCCUGUGUGAUGGCGCCACUUCCCCUCUGCCACGCCCUGCCAUCCCUCUGCUCCUGCCCCUGCUGCCACCUCUGUCCUCUGUGCCGAGCACCACUGGCCCACUGGGCCUGCCCACGGAGGGAGCUCCACCUGCCACAGGUGUUUGGCCCUCAGGCCCCAGGUGAUGUGCCCCUGUCUGCCCGGCCUCCACCAUGGGCACCCCCACGCAGCCCUGGCUCUGCCAACUACUUGAGAGAGAGGAGUCACAGCCACUGGACUCAGACCCAAGUCCUGGCAGAGAUGCUGACCAAGGAAGAGGUGGUACCCUCUGCGCCCCCCAUGCCCAUGGGGCCCCUCAACACGUCGCCAGUGCUGAGAGGUGGGGCCACAGUUCCAAACCUGGCCCGGAGACUGGAGGCCCUCAGAGACCAAAUCGGCAGCUCCCUGAGACGUGGCCGGAGCCAGCCACCCCCCAGUGAGGGCACACGGAGCCCUAGCCGCGUCCUCCCUCCCUGCUGAGGGCAAGCUGGGGGACCCAGGAGACCACCAUGUGACCGUGGACUGGGCUUUGCUCUCCUGGGCUUCAGUCUCCCCGUCUGUUAAAUGGGGUUGCAGCUGCUGCUCCAGUCUGUACCUGGGCUGGGCAGAGGACAGUUCCUGAGGGACAGAGGUGGGGGCUGGUGGGAAAAUUUGAGGGAGCAAAGGGAGAGUGCCACCCCAGACUAGGAGAAAUGAGACUGGAUUCAGGGGAAACCAGGCAGCCAGUGAUGAAAUAUACAAAUAAAGAGAAGCAUCAUCUCCAA